AUGGAUAAUCAAUCCUCCAUUUCUGGAUUUCUACUUCUUGAAUUCUCAGCCAUCCGGGAACAGCAGAUUCUACUCUUCCUGUUGUUCCUGAUAUUGUACCUAGCAAUUGUCUCAGGGAAUCUUCUCAUCAUUUCUGCAGUAGUCUUCGACCACCACCUGCACACCCCUAUGUACUUCUUCCUAAUGAACUUGGCCAUCCAGGAUCUUGGCUCCGUUUCUGCCAUCAUACCCAAAUCAAUGGCUAAUUCUUUCCACAAUACUAGAUACAUUUCUUACUCUGGAUGUGUGGCUCAAGUGUUCUGUUUUGUUUCCUUUGUGGGAUCUGAUUUCUUUCUCCUCACAGUCAUGGCAUAUGAUCGCUAUGUUGCCAUUUGCAACCCGCUACAAUAUGAAAUGGUGAUGAACAAGGCAGCCUGCACACAAAUGGUUGCUGGUGUUUGGAUCACUGGUCUUUUCUAUGGCACAUUGCACACUGGAGGGACCUUUGCAGUACAGUUUUGCUCCAAUAUUGUCAAUCAAUUCUACUGCGAAAUCCCAGAGUUACUGAAGGUCUCCUGCUCUGACUCAUAUCUAGCUGAAGUUGUCAUUCUUGUGAUCAGUGCAGUUAUAGAGUUAGGCUGUUUUUUCUUCAUUGUUGCUACGUACGUGCUAAUCUUCACUGCAGUGCUGAGAAUCCCCUCCAUCCAGGGAAGGCAAAAAGCCUUCUCCACCUGCCUUCCACACCUCAUUGUAUUUUCUGUAUUUAUAUUCACUGGCUGGUUUGCCUACCUAAGACCACCUUCUGAUACACCAUCUGGUAUGGAUUUGGCAUUAACUGUGAUAUAUACCUUUGUUCCACCCAUGUUGAACCCAGUGAUCUAUAGCAUGAGAAACAAAGAUAUCCAGGUUGCUCUAGCAAAGCUGUCAGCUUCACUGUCCUCUUUUUGCAUGUAA